AUGGGGAGACGUCAGUUAGCAAAAGUGAUUCCACCUGAACUUGUAGGACAAUUUAAGAAAAGAAUCUACAAUCGCUGUUUGAAUCUUAAGCUUUCAGGUGUUCUUAAGAAUAUCCGUCAUAUCCCAGUGAAGAAGGCUGAUUAUUCGUUUUUGCAACUUUACUUAAAUAAGAGUUGUCAAUGGGGCGAUAUGCAGUCGAUUCUACAUAUUUGGUCAAAAUAUGUACUGAGACAUAAAGUUUUAAUUAUUCCUCCAGAAGCAUUGUGUGAUAUUAGUAAUUUAGCAAAGGUUCAGGGUCAUGAUGAAAUUCCAAGUCAAGUCUAUAAAUAUUAUCAGGAUUAUUAUGAAAUCGGCCAUCUUCAAAAUAGCAUUAUGAAAUACAAAUAUGAGUUAACAAAAAUAAAUAUCGAAAUUAAUGCAAAGGAUCCCCAUUUAACGUUCGUGAAGAAAUGGAAUACGUUUCUCGAAGUAAUGGAUAAGGGUUUACCUCCAGACACUCUUUUUGAUGUACGAGAUUACCCUUUUUUAACGAUGAGUGUAUAUCAAACUCCAGAGGACACAAUACAAGAAUUAUUAAUUGUUGAUAAUGAAACGCCUAUAGCAAAUCCAACAACAUUAACACUUCUAUUGAAUAUGGUUUUACUGCAAAGAAAUUCAUUCAGCUUGGAUUUUAAAAUACGAAUAUUUGAAAAAUUAUUAGAGAGUUAUCCCAACUUAGACUAUAAAGAUUCUAUUGCCAUUCUAAUGAAUAAAACUAAAUCAGAACCUUAUUGGAUGAACAGAUUAUUGACCAUGAUCAUAGAGAAGGAUAUGAAAUCUGAGAUUACAACGAGAGCAUUAAGAAAUAUACCAAAGUUUGAUCAAUCUAAUCCAAGUAUGGAUUCAGUAAGAACGAUGUACUUAUUAAAAAAAUUGAAGAUAGAAUACAGAUUCAUUCCAAAAUAA